GAACCCUCCGGCGCCGGGGAGGCGUUUGGGGCGGGGAAGGAGAAAGGUGGCACACCGCCCCCUCCCUCCCUCGGCCUGAAGCAGCCGCGGCAGCAGCAGUAGCAGCAGGAGCGCCACGUCUCCGAGGGAUCCGGCGUAGGCAAGUCCGGGGCCUGGGGGCGGCUUCUGUUCUGAGGCGGGGGAGCACGGCUGCCUGGGCUGGGAAGGCUCUCUGUGGGCAGGCCUUCGGAGGACGGAGCGCUUCCGAGGUACAUUUGGGGCGGGGAAUCAAGCCAGGGCUUCCCGAGCGUGAGGGGUUUCUUCGCCGCCGCCUUCUUGUCACUCCCAGCUGUCUGGGGGAUUCUGGGAGCGGCAGCCCAGAAGGGAAAAACAAAAUAAACAGGCCCUCAACCCAGAAGGACUGCCAAGGAAUCUGCGGGGCUGGAGGCUCUUUUUCCAGGAAGGAACUGCACACAGGAUCCCUCGCUUCAGCAAAGCCUGGGGGUCCUGUGAAAUGCAUGAGGGUUGCCCCACGUGAAGGCCCAUAGGCACACAUCAUCAUCAUCGUCACCAUCACUGACAUUUCCAUCCUCCUUGUUGAAUCAGCUGAGCGCCUGGGAAGAGAGACUCCAAGGCUACUUCAGUGAUCUCCAAUAACUCUGGAAUUGCCUGCCAACUUGACUUGGACUGAACUGAGUUGCCUGCUGUAAAUCAACAGAUGAGAAAGACUUAGUCUUGUGCAAUCUCCUUGCUAGGAGGCUUGCUUAUGGAUACACACAGGACUCCGUAGUUCACUUCGAAGAGGUGUUAUCCCGCUAGGGAAAACAUUGUCCCUGCAUCUUGACUACACCCGCCAUGGACUCUUCAAUGGUCCUGCUGGAAAAGCAAGCCAACAACAGUGGCCCAUGCACUUCUGAGAGGCAUGUGAACCUUGAGGUGAAAUUGAAUGAGCUAGCAGAAGGAGAUAGUUUCAAUAUUGCUAGUGAAAAGGAGAGCCAAGUUCCACUGAAAGAGGAAAGCCUGGUGCCAAACAGCAGCAAGAGCCCUUGUGCAAACGGACCAGAGUCUCACUAUCCCAACCUCCCCUUGCCUUUUGAUCCCAAUGGCGGUCCACAUGAGGAAGAACCAGCUCCAGGUGUGCCUGGUUUCCAUGACAACCUAAAGUCGGUCCGGGGAGCUAGUGCUGAGGGCGUAGUUCUUAGGAAGGAAGCGUUGCAGUCCCUCAAACUAAGCCUUCCCAUGCAAGAGACUCAAUUGUGCUCUACAGACUCUUCUCUUCCAUUGGAGAAGGAAGAACAGAUCAGGCUUCAGGCAAGACAUCGCCUUGAAGAGCAGCUCAAGCAGUACCGUGUCAAAAGGCAUCAGGAGAGACAGUAUACAGCUAAGAAUCGUCCUUGCAGUACCCUGGAUCCUGAACUGAUGCUAAAUCCUGAGAUCUUGCCGAGAGCCAGCACUGUGGCAAUGACAAAAGAAUACUCCUUUCUGCGAACGAGUGUUCCACGGGGACCAAAACUGGGAAGCCUGGGCCUUCCAACACAUUCAGGUGAAAGAAAAAGUUCUAAAUCUUCCCGGUCGAGUAGAAUUCGAUCUCUGGCUGAUUAUAGGACUGAAGAUGCAGAGGGAAGCCCCAGGGGAGCUGCUCCAGGGACCGAUUCGCCCAGUGGAUCACUAAAGCAAAACCGAAGCAGUCUGACAUCUGUUAUCUCUGAGAUCAGGGUAACACCCGAUCCCGAUGACCGGUUGGAGAAUUCCUCCUUGGCUGGAGACAGCAUGUCAGAAAUUGAUGGAAGUGAAGCCGGAAUCAGGCUGGAUGGCAAUGAAAGUGAUAGUUCCAGCUACAGCAGUGUAUCAGGAAGGGGAAUGUAUGGUAUGCUGCUCAAUGCAGAGAGCAGGCAGAGUGUUUCUUUUCCAGUCAAUGGCCAAGAGGUCCCUUUGGAUGCAGUUGGACAGUUCCCUUCCAUCAGAGAGGUGCUACAGGCAGCUGCAACAGAACAUCAUGCCCAGGAUCCAGAAAUCAACGGAGAAGCAAGGAGCCGGAGAGACAGCAUUUCCAGCAGUAUAUCAAUGGAGAGUUCUGUCGCAGGCACGCAUGAUGAAAUGUUGCAGGUCCUCAAAGAAAAGAUGAGGCUUGAAGGACAGCUAGAAGCACUGUCAUUAGAAGCCAAUGAGGCUUUCAAAGAAAAGACAGAAUUGCAAGCCCAGCUUGCUGCUUUGCACAUGAAGCUCAAGACCCAGAUGGAGCAUAGCGAGAGCAGCCAGCAGAAGCAGGACUCUCUGAAUGUGGAGGUGGCCACCUUAAAACAGUCUUGCUGGGACCUGGAACGAGCCAUGGCAGAGCUGCAGGCAGCGCUGGAGGCCAAGAAUGCUGGCCUAGCCGCUUCCAGCAAUGACCUGCAGGUGGCAGAAGAGCAAUACCAAAGGCUGAUGGGGAAAGUCGAAGACCUGCAGAAAAGCAUCCUAACGAAGGAUAGCACAGUGCAUGAUCUCCGGCAGCAGCUUUCGUCCUUACAAAGCCAGCUCCAGCAGGUGCAGUUGGAACGCACAACAUUGACGAAUAAGCUGAAAUCAUCUCAAGCAGAGAUUGCCUCAUUGCAAAAAGUACGGCAGUGGUACCAACAGCAGUUGGCUGUGGCCCAGGAAGCAAGGGUUCGGCUGCAGAGCGAGAUGGCAAACAUCCAGGCUGGCCAGAUGACACAGGUGGGCCUAUUGGAGCAUCUCAAGCUGGAGAAUGUAACACUCUCUCAUCAGUUAACAGAGACUCAGCACAGAUCCAUCAAAGAGAAGGAGCGAAUAGCUACGCAGUUACAAAAUAUAGAGGCUGACAUGUUAGAUCAAGAAGCAGCUUUUCUGCAGAUCCAAGAAGCGAAGACAAUGGUGGAAGACGAUUUACAGAGAAAACUGACAGAGUUUGAGGAUGAGAAGGAGCAACUCCAGAAAAUGGCUGAUUCUGCAACAAUGUUGGAGCAGGAGCUAGAAAAGGUUAAAUUGACAUUGCAUCAACGAGAUCUUCAGGUUGAGGCUUUACAGCAGGAACAACUAGAUCUCAUGAAGCAGUUGAGCUCCACCCAGGAGACAUUGCAGACCCGCGAGGAGUCCCUGGCUGACCUGCAGAGACGUUACGAUGAGUUGGAGGCCAGGCUGAUGGAGCUGCAGGGGGAAGCCACCUCAAAGGAUGACUCAAUCCGAUACUUGCAGAAUGAGAAGAUCGUCCUGGAAGUAGCACUACAGGUUGCAAAAGCAGGCAAAGAAGGGCUUGAUGAAGGAGUUCAGCAUUUAGAAGAGAGUACAGAGGCAGCCUCAGAUGUUUUACAGCAAUUGAGGCAAGAAAUAGCCAUCAAAUCAAGUCAGGUGGAGAAUCUGCAACAAGAAAGCAUGGCCUUCAAGAAACAGACACAAAAGAUAAAGGAACAAUUACUUCAACAAAAGGUAAUGGUGGAAGCUUACCGUAGAGAUGCAAGUUCCAAGGACCAACUGAUCAGUGAACUGAAGGCUACCAAAAAGAGGUUGGACUCCGAAAUGAAGGAGUUAAGACGAGAACUUCUCCACCUUCAGGAUGAGAAGAAAUUGGUGGACAUUGAAAAUGCAAAGCUGGCAAAGGAAGUGUCUCGUGUCCAGCAGCAAUUGGAAGAGCUGGAAAGUCAGCUGCAAGUGGCCCAGAGAGAGCGGGAUGGCAUGGAGGCGGAGUUGCAGUCCGUGCAGUUUGACAGAGAGCAGAUGUCUGUUCUUGCUGAGACGAAUGAAACAUUAAAACGGCAAAUUGAUGAAAUGCAACAAGAAACAAAAUCGGCCAUUACAGAACAGAAGCAGAAAAUGAAGCGACUGGGAUCAGACCUGACCACAGCCCAGAAGGAGAUGAAAGCCAAGCACAAAGCCUAUGAAAAUGCUGUUGGGAUCCUUAGUCGCCGACUGCAGGAAGCCCUCACUGCAAAGGAGUCCUCUGAAGCAGAGCUGAGCAAGUUAAAGGCGCAAAUCUCUGAUUGUGGAACUAGCCAGGCUGGUUUAGAAAAGAUUCAAGCUCUAGAGACAGAGCUGCAGGUGCUCAGUCACAGUAAGAUGGUAUUAGAAAAAGAGCUGCAAGAAGUCAUUUCGCUCACCAGCCAGGAGCUUGAGGAGUAUAGAGAAAAGGUCCUGGAACUUGAAGAUGAGCUUCAAGAAGCAAGGGGCUUCCGGAGGAAGAUUAAGCGUUUGGAAGAAAUGAAUAAGAAGCUCACCUUGGAACUAGAACAUGAACGGGGAAAACUCACUGGCUUGGGCCAGUCCAAUGCUGCUCUUCGAGAACAUAAUCGGAUCCUUGAAGCAGCACUGGCCAAGAGGGAGGCUGAUCUGGUGCAACUGAAUCUGCAGGUCCAGGCUGUUCUGAAGCGUAAAGAAGAGGAAGAUCAGCAGAUGAGGCAGCUCAUUCAGGCCUUGCAGACAGCCUUGGAAAGAGAGAAGACAAAAGUCAAAGACCUCAAAGAACAGAUUGUGACAGCCAAAGCUGAAGCAGCACAUAAUCGGCGCCACUACAAAGCUGCUGCGCUUGAACUCAGUGAGGUGAAGCGAGAACUCCAGGCCAAAGAUGCGCUCAUCCAAGCUCUCCAGGCUGAAGUCAACAAACUGCAGGUCACAGAAGGGAAGCAUUCGGAAGAAGUGUCCCAGUUCCAGCAAGAACUAGCAGAAGCCCGAUCCCAGCUUCAGCUUCUGGAGCAUCAGUUGAAUGAGCAACUGAACAAGCAACCAGCAGAGAAUCAAGAGGUGGAAGACCUCAAGUGGGAAGUAGAACAGAAGGAGAGAGAGAUCCAGGCCCUGAAGCAGCAGCUGGACUUGACUGAGCAGCGCAACCAGAAAGAGUUGGAGGGAGUGCAAGUAGUUCUGCAGAAUAUCAAGACAGAGCUGGAGAUAGCCCAGGACAAUUUGUCCUUAACUCAGAAAGAUAAGUUCAUGCUUCAGGCAAAAGUGACUGAACUGAAGAACAGUAUGAAGACCCUGUUACAGCAGAACCAGCAGCUGAAGUUGGACUUGAAGCACGGAAAGAUGAAAAAGAAAAAAGAGCUGAAGGGAGAGACAAAUUCAAAUCCCGUAACCCCAGUGAAGAUUCCUGACUGUCCAGUCCCUGCAGCUUUGCUGGAAGAGCUGUUGAAACCACCUUCCGCUGUUAGUAAAGAGCCUUUGAAGAACCUCAACAGCUGCCUCCAGCAACUCAAGCAGGAGAUGGACAGCCUUCAGCGUCAGAUGGAAGAGCACACAAUAACAGUCCACGAAUCAAUGUCUUCUUGGACUCAGAUAGAAGGGCAAUUAGUGGACCUUUCUCCCACCUUUCCUGCCACUGCCUUGGACCCCCAGACUCUUCCUGCAGCAGACCGAAAGGAACGCAAUCAAAGUGCUGGCGAAAAAGAAGGGUUGGGGCAGUAAUGUCACUGUCUCCAUUUCUUCUCUUCAUAACUGGUCAAUAUCAAUGACACACCAGAGCAGAUGACCAGUGCAAGCCAGUAACCUCUCAGUGGUCUUGAACCUUGAAACAGAGGAAAUGGAUUCAGGAUACCCAACCAAAGGCCAGCAGAGAGCUUUGAUUCCCUUGGAAGAUGCCUUUUGCACAUUGCUGUUGUUGUUGUUAUGUCGUCUUUGAGGACAUUUUGAGCACAGGCUGUGUCUAAAUAGUCCGGCUUGGUUCUGCCUUGAAGUACCUGUUUGUGUGUGUACAUUUUUUUAAAGAGGCUUAUUUAACACAAAACACAAAGGUUUUGUUUUUAAUGUUGGAUGUUUGAAAAAUACUGUAUAUAUAUAUAUAUAUAUAUAAUAUACAUGGGGUCUAGGAAAGCUAGCCCUAAAAUCAGAGCUUUUAAGAAAUGUAAUUUACUUAUUUUAUCUCUCAAAUGAAUGUUAUAUACUGCCUAUAAAUCCCCAUUUGUUAGCUUUAAUUCCCCUUAAAUUUUCCCUUCUAAUGCAGGGAUGGGGAAUGUGUGACUCUUCAGAUGUUGGGCUACAUCUUCCAUCAGCCCUAGCUAAGGCUGAUGAGAGUUGCAGCUCAGUAUCUGAAAUACUUCAUGUUCCCCAAUCCUGCUGUUAUGCCCAUCUUGCCCAGUGUUCAUGUAGUCUUCUUUAAGAAAUACACCCUGCUGUUCUGCAGUUAGCAGGCUGAAACAACAACCACCCCAAGUCCUUUCAGGGAGAGGGGACAGACUGACUGACUGACUGACUGACUAUAAAUAAAGCUUAUUAUUAUUAUUAGGUUUUCCUUUUUAAAAAUCUGUCUCUCUUAGUUGGCAGUGCAAACCAUCCUCCUUUUUUCCAUAGGUUCCAGGUGUUGGUUUUGUUUAUUUUCACAGCUUCAGAGUGCAAUCUAGGAUGCGUUAGGGCAGUGGUUCUCAACCUGUGGGUCCCCAGGUGUUUUGGCUUACAACUCCCACAAAUCUCAGCCAGUUUACUAGCUGUUAGGGUUUCUGGGAGUUGUCAGCCAAAACAUCUGUGGACCCACAGGUUGAGAACCACUGUGUUAGGGGAAAAUGAGCGGGCGGAUGUGUAUGUAGGAUGCCAUGUAUCUUGGAUGGAAGUUGUGGAAGUCUGAGAUGUAAGUGAUUUCAGAGCUUAGGGCUAGAUGUUAGGAGGCACACAGAUUGGUUGUGCAAAGGUUGUGUCUAUUCCUCCUUCUUCUUCUGAUGGUUGUGUCUAUUCCCCUUCUUUACAACAUCAUAUUAUGGUAUAUAUUUAACUACCACAAAAAAUGUCAGUCAUCAGUGCAAUUUUCCUGCCUACCCCUUUGCUGUAAUGUUUAGGAUAGAAUAUGCAGCAUAUUUUUCUAGCCUGAUUCAGUGGAUUAUUCGUAUCCAACUCAAAGGUGCUCAAUGCCCAAUCUGAAGACUGGUGCACCAGUUACAUACAAUGGUGGUUGUCUUAAAAAAAGAGAGAGUAACAGAGAGGGAUAGUAGCAUGUGGGUCCCAUGUUUCAAUCUGGGGUUGAAGAUGGGACCCAGGUCCGAAGAUGAUGAUGACUACAACAUUAGACUUUAUAGAGAGGGAAGAAAGUGAGAAAAUGCAUAUUUGUUACUUUCAUAAUGUCCAGUUCUGGCCUGGUAGUUGGACUGAGCGAUAGAAAAUAAGAAAACUUGUAAAGUGGGUUGAGAAUCCCAGCCUGUGAGAAUGAUGCUAUCUGUAUAUUAGGGGUUUUUUAACGAGUAAGCUUAUCAUAGAAAGGAUGCUGUCUUUUGUGUGUGUAAGGAGUGUUUUAGUACAGAAGGUUUUUUUCCUCCCAGUUAACAUGACAAAGUGGUACUCUGUGGAAUUCAAAACCACCUUUGCUCCGGGGCAAUGUUACAUAAUGUAUUCCCCAUGCUGCUUUCAAAAUGCUGACUUCUUCUGAAGGCUUGAUUUGCUGUUCUGUUCUUCACUGUGAGUUUUUCAUGUUUUUAAUACUUCUAGUUUUGAAACUCUGGCAAGAUGAUUUCAUUUUUGCAUAUAAUAUGAAGGCAAGGUACUUUAAAAAAAUGUAAAGGGUUUUAACAUUGUAGGGGAAGGACUGUCAGCAAAUAUCACAUUGCUUAUUUCAUAUGACUGAUCAACUGUUAUCAAAAUGACACACUGAAAGCUUUAUUGACUAAUCUAGCUAUGCUGGUGGCUUUUAUUACUAUGUCUGUUUUAUGGAUUAAUUUGUAAGAAGUAAUGGUUUUUGCUGCUGUUUAUAUUCUAGCCUCUAUAGUUCCUAAUUUAAAAUUGGAAGAAAUACUGUAGUAUUUACACACCAAAGUUAAUGUUGUGUAUUAAUUAAUAUAUAUCUUCAGGUCCAAAAUAUGCACAGAUGGAAUGUUCAUGUUACCAUUCUACUUAGAACACUAUUAUUUAUGAGAAAAGACCCAGGAUUUGUGAAUUUUGAGUAUGACAACUUCUGUGUACCAUUCACAGUCCUGUUAAGCGUCAAAAAAGCAGAUUAUUCACAGCUUAAAUGAAAGGUUGUAUAUUCAUACAGCCAUGUAAGGCUUGGAGUGAUUGAGCGUCAAGUGCAUAUUAUCUAAAGAACAUUGGGUUUCUUCUUUUAAUCAGCCAAUGGAAGACAUUUCUCUUCCUGAGACAUUUAAACUCUUAUAUCCAUCGGUAGUUGUCAUUUUGACCAGAAAAGAAGUGGGACUUCUCAGCAAAGUGAAUCCCAAAGCUUGCUCCCUGGGAGGCGUUCUUUUUAAAAGGUGCUGUCUUGUAUUUCAGGGAACAGUUCUGUCAAGCUCAAUCAAGCCAAGUAGAUUUAAGUAAUUUGGACAGGAGUGCCAUGUUGACAUGGCCAUGCUUUUUGUAAUUGUUUCAAGGAAAUUGGAAAUUGAGAGGUGCUUUCUAUAUCCCUUUCUUCAUCCCUGGAGGUCUAAUAUAUCUGUUUUGCUAUGUUCUAAAAGGUCUGAGGGGGAGAAACCCAACACUUCUGUCUUUGUACUGAGAAGACAUACUGUAUUUCAUCGCAUAAUAGUCACACUUUUGUCCCUUUUUUAAUUGAAAAAGGGGGAGGUGCAACUAUUACACCAUGAAGAAAAAUCUGCCUUUGAGUCUCUGGUUUUUGUUUUUAAAAAAAUUAACUGCCUUAUUUCCAAGACAGAAGGAGGAGGGAAGAUUCUCCCUCCCUCCCUCCCUCCCUUCCUUCCUUCCUUCCUUCCUGCCCCAAGGCAAGGCAGUUUACAAAAGGCAAGGCAGCUUACAAAAUCUGAAAUGGAGUUCUUUAGAGGAAGGAGGGAAGAUCCAAAUUCCAGACUCCUCCAUUUCAGGUUUUUAUAUCUGUGUUAAGGCCUUGGAGGAAGGAGGGAAGCUGGAAUCAGCCCCAAAUAGCUUUGCAACUGUUAUGCAAGGAACACAAAAAUACUGAUUUUGCCACCCUAAAAAUGA